UUCACAACGCUCUAGCACCUGCCUUUGUCCGGCGUGCCCCGCAGCAAGCUUCACCAUCCGAGCGGCCAGCAUAUAUCAAGCACCUAGUCAACCUCCUUUCCCCUUCCCACCCUACCAAAUCGACCAUCACCAUGGGUGUCGAAAAGAAAGUCCUGAAAACCGGCAACGAAGUCGACUUCCCCAAGAAGCACGACGAGGUGUCGAUGGAAUACACAGGAUGGCUCUACGACGAUAAUGCCAGCGACAAGAAAGGCACCAAAUUCGACUCGUCGGUUGGUCGAGGAGACCUCAUCACGCCCAUUGGCGUCGGCCGAGUUAUUAGAGGCUGGGAUGAGGGCAUUCUGGGCUCCGGCUCGACCGCGGGCAUGUCGCUAGGCGAAAAGGCGACUCUGACCAUUUCAGCUGACUAUGGCUACGGUAGCCGUGGUUUCCCAGGACACAUUCCAGAGAAUGCCAGGUUGAUCUUCGACGUCGAACUCAAAGCCAUCAACGGCAAGAAGGCUUGAUUGCUUCCAUCAACUACGGAUGUUGGAUGGUCGGAAAACGCACGAGCCAAGUCAUACAUCAUCCACCAACCGUCUGACCGACCGCCGACCAUCUAAGCCCCGGAUCUUCCGAGCGUUGAUGCCCAGCAGGGCUGUUUAUAAUCUGGAGAAAUUUUGAUUGUUUUCACUUUGCGUAGGGAGUGCCAAGCAAAUAUGACAUGCUUGUGCCUU